GCCAACCCAAUCGUUCGCCAAAGCGUGAGAUUUUUCCUAAUAUCCAAGAGUAUAAAAGAAAAAAAAUCUCAUCUCAACUCUGUCAUUCGAUCAUCAGCCAUUUCUCUAUUCAUACCAACAUCUAGUGUACUCAAUUCCUUCAAAAAUGACUAAGUUUUUUGCUCUCCUGGGUCUCAUCUCCAUUUCCACGGAUCUGGCCUCUAGCCGUCGCGUGUCCCGCCAAGUGCCGCCGUACAACGGCGUAGCCGGGAUCGGGGAACCGAUUGCCAUUUUGAAGUCGGAUUUCAAUACACCGAGUGCGGAAACGCCAAACUUUGAUUACUCUUUCGCCACUGAAAAUGGGAUUCAACAAGAAGUUUCUGGUCAACUCAAGCGUGUUGAGGAUCACGAUGUGAUGGUGAUGCGUGGGAGUUACACCUAUGUGGAUACGGAUGGUCGGGAUGUGUUAGUCACCUGGUAUGCCGAUGAGACUGGGUUUCAUCCAACGUCCGACAAUCUACCCGUGGCGCCAGCCAUUCCUUUUCCCGAGCAAGCCGCAGCUGUGGCACAACAAAUCCAAUUUGCUGCCGCUGAGGAUCAGAAUCGUCCCGUGGCAAGAGACUUCAACAACUAUGGCAAUGGUUUUCCAAGCAACCGUCAGUUCAAUAAUUUCCAGAGUAGGUCCGGUGGUUUGUCAGCUUUUACUGACAACUAUCAAGGUUAACUUCGAGACAUCUCAUCGUGACUUUUGUUACGUAUUGUUUAUGAACUGUUUAUCGUUUAUUUUUCUGAAAUCGUUGUGAAUUAAAUUGGUCCAGGGACUU